AUGAUUCCAGAUGGCCAAGCCGGCUCUUGCGUAGCUUACUCACAAACACCUGAAGGUGUUAAAGACGUUGUCCACUCGAAACCAAAAAGUUCCUCAAGCACGCUGCGACCGCUUGAGCAUCAAAAACUCGAAUCAGCCCCUACGAGCACUCGCAACUCGAUCGCUUUAGCAGUCACUUGUCCCUGCAACGGGUUUUCGAGACCAGUAUCCUCGCGUCGGGGCGCCGUUCAGCUUUACCAUUUUCUGCUAGGUCUCCUGAAAAGUCCUGAAGCUUCAUCCACAUGCAUUCAAUGGACGGGAAAUGGAUUCGAGUUCAAGCUUAACGACCCGGAAGAGGUCGCGCGGCAAUGGGGUGAACUGAAGAAUCGACCGCAAAUGAACUACGACAAGAUGAGCCGCUCGCUCCGAUACUACUACGACAAAUUCAUAAUAGCGAAGGUUUCUGGAGAAAGAUACGUUUACCGAUUCCUGCAUAUACCGGAGUGCCUUAAUUAUCAGAGCACGUCUGCAGAUCCUUACAACUGCUCCUGGUCCGGGUGUUGCCUCGGCGAUAGGAAGCAGUUCUGACGCGAUGCAUCACGCAAUCUGUUCUGCCUUCGCGUAUUCGACGCCAAUACCUCAGAAUCAUUCCUCGGCGGGAUAAAGGGUGUAACCAUUUUUCAAAGACUCUCGCAGCCGGCAUCCCGAAGAUGAGGCUCCACUGCUAAAAAUAAACCUCGAAUAUCA